ACUUACCACCAGGAUCACUGAGCUGCUGAGCGGAGAGGUUCCUGUAAGGUGUCAGGAUGUCGCUGUCUAUUUCUCCAUGGAGGAGUGGGAGUAUUUAGAAGGACAAAAGGAUCUGUACAAGGACCUCUUGAUGGAGAAUCACCAGUCCCUCACAUCACCGGAUGGAUCCAGUCAGAGAAAUCCACCAGAGAGAUGUCCCAGUCCUCAGUAUUCCCAGGACUGUCCAGGGGAGAAACCAAAUAUCCCACUGGAUCAUCAGGAAAGUUCUGGUGAAACGACGAGUGGACUUGAAAAACCCAUAUCAGUGACUGUGAAUGUGGAAGACUGGAUGAGCGACUCCUAUGGACAUCUCCAUUUAUCUUCCCGUCAUGAAGCUGAAGAUAACAAUACCACACAAGAUGAUUCAAUAACUCCUAAUGUACCCUCAGUCCUUCACAGCAGAGAUCUAUCCACUGAUACUGCUGGUCACAAGAAACCUUCAUCCAAGCAAUUACUGAUUGGUAAAACAAGAACUAAGCAGAAAUGUGGGAACAUUUUUUAUAGUGAGAAACGUUUUAAAAAGAAAUCUAAUCUUUUUUUGCAUGAGAGCAAUUGCAGAGUUAAUGGGUCAUUUUCAUGCUUGACAUGUGGAAAAUCUUUUAGCAUGAAAUCCAUUCUAGUUAGACAUCAGAGAACUCACAUAGGGGAGAAUCCGUAUUCAUGUCCUGAAUGUGGGAAAGGCUUUAACGAUCAAUCAAAUUUUAUUCGGCAUCAAAGAACUCAUACAGGGGAGAAGCCAUAUUUAUGUCCUGAAUGUGGAAAGUGCUUUAGUCAGAAAUCUAUUUUAGUUACACAUCAGAGAACUCACACUGGGGAGAAUCCAUAUUCAUGUCCUGAAUGUGGGAAAGGCUUUAACAAUCAAUCAAAUUUUAUUCGGCAUCAGAGAACUCAUACAGGGGAGAAGCCAUUUUCAUGUCUUGAAUGUGAAAAGUGCUUUAGUCAGAAAUCCAUUCUUGUUACACAUCAGAGAACUCACACAGGGGAGAAUCCAUAUUCAUGUCCUGAAUGUGGGAAACGCUUUAACAAUCAAUCAAAUUUUAUUCGGCAUCAGAGAACUCAUACAGGGGAGAAGUCAUUUUUAGGUCUUCAAUGUGGAAAAUCUUUUAGCAUGAAAUCCAUUCUAGUUAGACAUCAGAGAACUCACUCAGAGGAAAAGCCAUAUUCAUGCCCAGAAUGUGGGAAAUCUUUUAGUCUGAAAACGUGUCUUGUUAGACAUCAGAGAACUCACAUAAGGGAGAAUCCAUAUUCAUGUCCUGUAUGUGGGAAAGGCUUUAACAAUCAAUCAAGUUUUACUAGGCAUCAGAGAACUCAUACAGGAGAGAAGCCAUUUUCAUGUCUUGAAUGUGGAAAGUGCUUUAGUCAGAAAUCCAUUCUAGUUACACAUCAGAGAACUCACACAGGGGAGAAUCCAUAUUCAUGUCCUAAAUGUGGGAAAGGCUUUAACAAUCAAUCAAAUUUUAUUCGGCAUCAGAGAGCUCACACAGGGGUGAAGCCAUGUAUGUGUCUUGAAUGUGGUAAGUAUUUUGAUGCGAAAUCAAUGCUUAUAAAACAUGUAAUAAGUCACACAGGAGAGAAGCCAUUUUCAUCUUCAAAAUGUGUGAAACCUUUUAGCAAGAAAUCACAUGUUGAGGAACAUGAAAAACUCCACUUAGAGGAGAAGCCAUUUAUAUGUUCACAAUGUGGGAAAUGCUUUAAGACUCAAACAAGUUUUUUUCGGCAUCAGAGAACUCACACAGGGGAGAAGCCCUUUUCAUGUCUUGAAUGUGGAAAGUGCUUUAGUCUGAAAACAUGUCUUGUUAGACAUAAGAGAACUCAUACAGGGGAGAAGCUAUUUUCAUGUCUUGAAUGUGGAAAGUGCUUUAGUCGGAAAUCAAAUCUUGUUGCACAUCAGAGAACUCACACAGGGGAGAAGUCAUUUUCAUGUCUUGAAUGUGGAAAGUGCUUUAGUCGGAAAUCAAAUCUUGUUGCCCAUCAGAGAAGUCACACAGGGGAGAAGCCAUUUUCAUGUUCAGAAUGUGGGAAAUGUUUUGGUCAGAAAUCAAAUCUUGUUAAACAUCAGAGAAGUCACACAGGGGAGAAGCCAUUUAUGUGUUCUGAAUGUGGGAAGUGUUUUGGUGUGAAAUCAUUGCUUAUACAACAUCUAAGAAGUCACACAAGAGGGAAUCCAUUUUAAUGCUCAGAAUGUGGGAAACAUUUUAGCCAGAAAUCAAAUCUUGUGAAACAUCUAAGAACCCACUUAGGAGAGAAGCCAUUUUCAUGUCUUGAAUGGGGUAAAUCUUUUGGUAUAAAGCAAAUCUUGUCAGACAUCAGAGAACUCACACAAAUGAGAAGACAUUUUCAUGUUCAGAAUGUGGGAAAUGUUUCACCUGUCAAGCAACUGUUGGUCGACAUCACAGAAGCCAUAUUUAUGUGGAAAAUGUGAGA